UAUGUAAAAAACUCAGCCAGUUAGCAGAGAUUCUUAGAUCUUUGAGACCUUAAAUUAUAAAGAUGGUAUAAGAUGAUAUAUUCAAUUUCUAGAUUCAAUUCAAGUGUAAGAUCUAGAUUUUUUUGGACCUUGGCAUAAAUAAAACAAUUCAAUAUAAUAAUAAAUUGCUUAGAUUAGAAAAACUUAUACAUCCUCAACUAAUCAUAUUCAGAAUGAAAUAAUAGAAAGACCCGAAACUCAAAAUUCGUAGGUUAGAAUGAUAAAUACCUCAUUUCCUAAUAAAAGAAGAAAAACCAGAAAAAUAUCAAUUGAUUAAUCUAGUUAAUUUAUUGAAAAACCUAAAUAUAAUGAAUCUCGUUAAGUAUAAAAAAUUAUUUAAGAUUUCUUUGUUGAUGAAAAUAAGGAGAAGAAAAAAAAGUAAAGAAACUAUGCUUUUUUUAUCCCUUAAGCUUCAAAAUCUAAUAAUAAUACAAAAUGCAAUGGUUCUUCUUUUUAAACAACUCAAGCAUAUUUUGAUGUAAAUUUCUUCAUUAAACUAAGAGAAAAUAGCUCUAAAAAUGUUAAAAUUGAUGCCUAAUCUAUAGAAAUCACCAUCAAAAUCGAUUAAAACCUUAAAAAAUGUAAACCUCAAAUAAAAACUUAUUCUUGAUUUACCAUUAGCUACAAAAAGUUAUUUUCCACCUUAAUUAUUAAUUAACACUACGAAAACUAAGUAAGUCACUCCAUAAAAUUUGAAUUCUUCUCAAAAUAAAACUUAGAUCAAAAAUUUAAAUUUCCUUGCGAAAACAGGUAAGGGUCCUGUCUGGAAAGUUAAUAAUUAUGCUAGUAUAUGAUU